AUGACAUCAAUGACAGGACUUCCAUCUAUUGGGGCAUUUACAUGGGUACUUUCAUUAGCAGCGGUUGUUUUCAAACCCAUAGGGAAACUUUCUAUCGGUGACAUGUUGCUGCUUGUUCUAAUGAAGUUGCGUCUGAACUUAACAAACACUGACCUGGCCAUGCGCUUUAAUAUAAGUCCCACAAAUGCGUCCAGAAUACUGUGUCAUUGUUUACCUAGACUUGCAAAGUGCCUGAAAUUUCUGCUAGUGUGGCCAUGCAAGGGUAAAAUAUUGAAAAACAUGCCAAGAUCCUUUAAGAAGAACUAUAAGAAGUGUCGCGUUAUAAUAGAUUGCAGUGAAAUAUUCAUUCAAAGACCAACAAAUCUGGAUACCCGUGCUAAAACUUGGUCUUCAUAUAAACAUCAUAAUACCAUGAAAUUUCUCAUUGGCAUUACACCCUAUGGUGCUGUUAGUUUUUUGUCAAAGUGCUGGGGUGGUAGAAUAUCAGACAAGGAGAUAACUGAACGGUCAGGGUUUUAUGAUAAUCUUGAACACGGAGACCUUGUUUUGGCCGAUAGGGGCUUUCUGAUAUCAGAUGAACUUGCUGUCAGGGGUGCAUCACUCGCAAUACCGCCAUUUGCUAUGGGUAAAGUGCAGUUCUCACAAAAAGAGAUAGAAUGUGGACGUAGACUUUCAAAGGCAAGAAUACACGUGGAGCGGGCAAUUGAACCUGUUAAGAGAUUCCAAAUUCUAAAGCAUGUUAUGCCGCUUUCUAUGUUCCGACAUGCAGAUUCAAUCUUAACUAUCUGUGCUGCAUUGACAAACUUAAUGCCCAAAUUGGUAAAAUAA